AUGCCGGUUCUUCCUUCUUUACAAGGAUCCACCUUCGAUGAAGACAUUCGCGAUCGUCAUUUGAUAUAUGACUAUGCAGCGCAGGAUACGGAGGGAAAUCCAGAGAAAUGGCGCUAUGAAAUGUGGUUCUACAACGAGGACCGCAUAAACUAUGCCAUUCAUGGGGGCCCCAUGGCGGGGCGUUCGGCGUUUCAAUCGGCCACAUACCAAUGCAUCCGGCCCGGUGAGUUAUGGCAGUGUAACUGGCUCGAGGAAACCGGCACCGUCUGUUCAUUGGUUUUCGAUAUUUCGCGGAAGCAUAUCACGACCUUGAUAGCCUUUUCCAAGGGACACUGGGAGAAAAAUACGACUGCUCGUGGCGAUAAGCGCAAUCCAGAGGAUCUAGCACGAAUGAGGAGUUUGGCUCAAAUCGGUACCCAAGUCGAUCGGAUACUUUUGAGCGAACAGGCCGAGAUCUUGGAGGAUUUCCGUGGUCCGGGACUGAAUCAUUUCCAAAUGUCCAGAAGUGGAGCCGAGUAA